AAGCCCCUGUUUGGGCAGUCACUCCUUUGCGCCACAAAUUCCCGACAUUAGCGGCAUAUUAGUUAGCAAGAGGUUUACCUUGAAAGUACUGACGGGAAGUUGGACGUGAGAAUGUGGCUAUCUUACUACAACUAAUUGGACCAAGGCUACCGGCUAGCGGCUGACAGUUUGAGUGAAUUAACGCAAAGUGGAACAUCGGCACGGACUUUGUGGCCGACCCGGGUCUCUCUGGUUUUGUUUUCGACUGAGUCGUCCCACAUUUUGGAGUGGGGUUACGGUUGUGGGGGCCACGUGUACAGGAACUAGAGCUUGACAGCUCUCACUGACUGGAUUCACAGCAGGCAAUCAUGGCUGUCUGGAGGAAACUGUGGUGCAGAAACCUCAUGGCUGUGUCUGUGUUGUUCUGUGUCCUGCUCCACACCAUGGAUGUGCACGCACGGCCAGCUAACACGUCAGCCCCUAAAGAAAAGCCUCCAGCCAGCAAGGACGAAAACGAGAUUCUUCCCCCAGACCACCUGAACGGGGUGAAGAUGGAGAUGGACGGCCACCUCAAUAAGGACUUCCAUCAGGAAGUUUUCCUGGGGAAAGAGAUGGAGGAGUUUGACGAGGACUCAGAGCCAAGGAGGAACAGGAAGAAACUUAUUGAAAUUUUCACCAAAGUUGAUUUCAACAAGGACAGGAGUGUCAGCGCCAAGGAGAUGCAGCGCUGGAUUAUGGAAAAGACGGAGGAGCACUUUCAGGAGGCCAUGAAGGAGAACAAGAACAGUUUCCAUGCUGUUGACCCAGACGGCGACGGUCACGUGACAUGGGAUGAAUACAGAGUCAAAUUUCUGGCCAGCAAAGGUUUCAAUGAAAAAGAAAUUGCUGAGAAAAUAAAGAAUAAUGAGGAUCUUAAACUGGAUGAGGAAACUCAGGAGGUUUUGGAAAGUCUGAAGGACCGCUGGUUUCAAGCGGACAACCCUCCAGCUGACCAGCUGCUGAAUGAGCAGGAGUUCCUGUCUUUCCUCCACCCUGAGCACAGCAGAGGCAUGCUGAAAUACAUGGUCAAGGAGAUUGUUCGGGACUUAGACCAGGAUGGUGAUAAGAAACUGACCCUGUCAGAGUUCAUCUCUUUACCCGUGGGCACCGUGGAGAACCAGCAGGCUCAGGACAUCGAUGACGACUGGGUUCGUGAGAGGAAGAAGGAGUUUGAGGAAGUCAUCGAUUCAGACCACGAUGGCAUCGUAACUAUGGAGGAGCUAGAGGAGUACAUGGACCCGAUGAACGAGCACAACGCCUUGAACGAGGCCAAGCAGAUGAUUGCCGUUGCAGAUGAGAACCAGAAUCAUAAUUUGGAGCUGGACGAGAUUCUCAAGUACAGCGAAUACUUCACAGGCAGCAAGCUCAUGGAUUAUGCCAGAAAUGUUCACGAAGAGUUCUGAAGACAAAUUCAUCCUCCUCCGUCUGCUCAGCAAGGCAGGACAGCAUACUACAUAUGCUUCAGGGACAAGCCAAUAUGGGGGGCAACCUAAUGAUAGGAUGUUCUAGUGUGCAAUUCUGUGUUUAAAGCCUAGCCUCAAUGGCCUCUUUCACUGCUGACUCCAGUUAAUACACCCACCCUUCAGCCCUGGACGGUCUGCCUUCUGUUUGCCAUUGGACUUUUUGAGCUUUUAAAUGUUGAGGCACUGCAUCAACUCCAAAUUUCUUUGUCUUAUAUUGUGAAAUGUGUGUAUAUGAGGAAUUUUAAACCCUCUGUGGAUUUUCUGGUGCAGUGGUGAGAGAGACUGGGCAGCUAGGUGAGCUAUUUGUGCUGCAGGAACUGUUGUUUUUAGCUGGUGUCUCUGUAAACAGUGUAAAUAUUAAUCGUCACAUACCAAUGCAAAAGGCUCUAAAAAUAAAUAUAAUGCUGCUGAACGGAACAACCCUUCUAGAGAGAUCAUAUCAGCAUAAAAAAGAGUUGGAUAGUAUCCGUCCUUAUACACUUAUACACAGGGUAUUGUAAAAAUAGAAGUGUAGGUUUAACAAAAAUGCCUCAAUAACAUACAGCUAUCCUACUUAGCACAGACUUCCGCUCACAAUUUAUUGUCAAAGUAGCAAGAACUUAUGAUGGAGGAAAAUACAUUUAAUAUAUAAGGACAAUGUGUCUUUUUAACACCAGAAAUUUGGACUGAUUGAAGGAAAAGCACAGGUGUCACCAGUAACAUUAACAGUGUCUCCAAAAUGGAAGAUACUGUUUACAUAAUUAGUUUCACCUGUGUGUGUCAGGUCAGAACGUCUCCUGUGGUAAAGGCCUGUUGUUUUUCUUAUCAAAGCUUUGGUUAAGAUGCUGAUAAAGAGGAAUUUCUUUUAUUUGGCUGGUAUAAUUUUGAUCAGCUGCAUUUUUGAAUUUCACACGGAUUAUCACUUUUUUUUCUUUUUUUUUUUUUUUAUUGCAGUGAAGGCUCGGUGUCGGCGUCUUUGUCUUUCCUCACAAAGGAUUAAAAGUUCACUCUGCCGUAUGUAGCUGUUAAAUUUUGAAUGCUCUUGGUUAAACCAUACAAUUCCACUCUUACCAUGUAUUUAAAUGCAUGAACAAACAAACAAAUGGAAUUACAUUCCUCAGUUUUAAUGCGAUUUUCAAUAACCUGCGAAAGCGUUUUGAUCCCGCUGCAGCCUCCUCUCUCCUCGGCCCUGUUUGGAUUGUAAGAUAAGAUUUAUCAUAACAGAAUGUGACAGCUCUAUGAAAUGUAUUGCAAACAUACUGGUAAACAAUAAAUAUUUCUUAUCAAGUGAA